AUGAAAAAGGAUCAAAGGCAACCCAGGGACAAUAGCAACAGCAGUAACAACCUGAGCAUUAAAGAUGAAGUGGAAAAGGAAUUGAACAAGAAGGGGACGUUUGAAUUGUAUAAGAAGAUAAAGACCCAGAAGAUUCCCUUCUUUCUCCCGUUUAAAUGUUUGCCGUCAAGUCAUAGGAAGCUGUUGGGGGUGUCCUUCGUGUGCGCCACCAUAUCAGGUGGCACCUUGCCCUUCUUCGUAUCCGUUUUUGGGGUCAUUAUGAAGAAUAUGAACUUGGGAGAAAAUGUAAAUGAUAUUAUAUUUUCGCUAGUCCUCAUCGGAAUAUUCCAGUUCAUUCUGUCCUUCAUUUCGAGCUUCUGCAUGGAUGUGGUGACCACCAAAAUUUUGAAGACGCUCAAGAUAGAAUUUUUAAAAAGUGUAUUUUAUCAAGAUGGCCAAUUUCAUGAUAACAAUCCCGGCUCAAAAUUGACGUCCGAUUUGGAUUUUUACUUAGAACAGGUGAAUGCAGGAAUUGGCACCAAAUUUAUUACCAUAUUUACGUACGCAAGUGCAUUUUUGGGUCUAUACAUAUGGUCGCUAUUUAAGAACGCUAGACUCACCCUCUGCAUCACGUGUGUAUUCCCCUUGAUUUACAUCUGCGGUGUUAUUUGCAACAAGAAGGUGAAGAUUAAUAAGAAGACGUCUCUCCUGUAUAAUAACAACACCAUGUCCAUCAUCGAAGAAGCGUUGGUAGGCAUCCGAACCGUCGUCAGCUACUGUGGUGAAAAUACUAUUUUGAAAAAAUUUAACCUUUCAGAAAAGCUGUACAGUAAGUACACGCUGAAGGCAAACUUAAUGGAGUCUUUACACAUUGGUAUGAUUAACGGGUUCAUUUUAGCAUCUUACGCGUUUGGUUUUUGGUACGGAACGAGAAUCAUCAUCUCAGAUUUGAGCAACCAGCAACCAAACAAUGACUUCCACGGAGGCUCAGUCAUCUCCAUCCUUCUAGGAGUACUCAUCAGUAUGUUCAUGCUGACCAUCAUUUUGCCAAACAUAACAGAGUAUAUGAAAUCGUUGGAAGCUACGAAUAACCUGUACGAGAUUAUCAACAGAAAGCCCCUAGUCGAGAAUAACCAGGACGGGAAGAAAUUAAAAGAUAUAAAAAAAAUACAGUUUAAGAAUGUGCGUUUUCACUAUGAUACUAGAAAGGAUGUAGAAAUUUACAAGGACCUCAAUUUUACCCUCACGGAAGGAAAAACAUACGCAUUUGUUGGUGAAUCUGGUUGUGGAAAAUCCACCAUUUUGAAGUUAAUAGAAAGGUUGUAUGACCCCACCGAGGGAGAUGUCAUCAUCAACGAUUCGCAUAAUUUGAAAGAUGUAAAUCUCAAAUGGUGGAGAUCCAAAAUUGGAGUCGUCAGUCAAGACCCACUUCUCUUUAGCAACUCCAUAAAGAACAACAUCAAGUAUAGUUUGUACAGCCUGAAAGAUUUAGAAGCCUUAUCGGAGGAGUCGAACGAAGAUGGUUUUUCUUCUCAAAGUGAUUCCAACAGCCGCAACAGUUGUAGGGCUAAAUGUGCUGGUGAUCUAAACGACAUGAUCCAAACGACAGAUUCGACUGAACUGAUACAAGUGAGGAAGAACUACGAAACGAUUGAAGAUUCCGAAGUUGUUAGUGUUUCGAAGAAGGUGCUGAUCCACGAUUUUGUAUCUGCUCUCCCAGAUAAGUACGAAACGCUGGUGGGUUCUAAUGCAUCUAAGUUGUCAGGUGGACAGAAGCAGAGAAUCUCCAUCGCUAGAGCCAUUAUUAGAAACCCCAAAAUUUUGAUUCUCGAUGAAGCCACCUCAUCUUUAGACAACAAAUCGGAGUACCUGGUGCAGAAGACGAUCAAUAAUUUGAAGGGCAACGAAAACAGAAUUACGAUCAUCAUCGCCCACAGGCUGAGCACCAUCAGGUACGCCAACACCAUUUUUGUGCUGUCCAACCGGGAAAACGGUUCCACUGUGGACGUGGAUGUGCUGGGCGAGGACCCCACCAAGGACAGCAAUGAGAAGAAUGAGAAGCAUGAUAAGCAGGAGAAGGGCGGAAAAAAUAGCAGCGCGAACCAAAAAAUUGGCAACGCGGGAAGCUACAUCAUCGAGCAGGGCACGCACGACGCGCUCAUGAAGAACAAAAACGGAAUCUACUACACCAUGAUUAACAACCAAAAGGUGUCGUCCAAAAGCUCCAGCAACAACGAUAAUGACAAAGACUCAGAUAUGAAGAGCAGCAUUUAUAAGGACUCCGAACGGGGCUACGACCCAGACGAAGCGAACGGCAAUGCGAAAAAUGAAAGUGCAUCCGCCAAAAAGAGCGAAAAAAUGAGUGACGCCAAAGCAAGUAACACCAAUGCAGGAGGAAGGUUAGCCUUUUUGAGAAACCUCUUUAAGAGGAAACCCAAAGCGCCAAACAACCUCCGCGUUGUGUACAGAGAAAUCUUUUCAUACAAAAAGGACAUCGCCAUUAUAGCCCUGAGCAUUAUGGUCGCCGGAGGGUUGUACCCCCUGUUUGCGCUCCUCUAUGCUAAGUACGUGGGCACCCUAUUCGAUUUUGCAAACCUGGAGGCGAACUCGAAUAAGUACUCCCUCUACAUCUUAGUCAUCGCGAUUGCCAUGUUCAUUUCUGAGACGCUGAAAAAUUAUUACAACAAUGUGAUAGGAGAGAAAGUAGAGAAGACCAUGAAACUUAGACUGUUCGAAAAUAUUAUGUACCAAGAAAUUAGCUUUUUUGACCAGGAUAGUCAUGCCCCAGGAUUGCUGUCAGCACAUAUUAACAGAGAUGUUCAUUUGUUAAAAACCGGUUUAGUAAAUAACAUUGUCAUUUUUACUCACUUUAUAGUGCUCUUCCUUGUGAGUACGGUCAUGUCAUUUUAUUUCUGCCCUAUCGUGGCGGCUGUACUGACCGGAACGUACUUCAUUUUUAUGAGAGUGUUUGCCAUCAGAGCGAGGAUAGCAGCCAACAAGGAUGUAGAGAAGAAGCGAGUCAACCAACCAGGCACAGCAUUUGUCUACAACAGUGAUGAUGAAAUAUUUAAAGACCCAAGUUUCCUAAUUCAGGAGGCAUUUUACAAUAUGAACACGGUCAUUAUUUACGGGCUGGAGGAUUACUUCUGCACACUGAUUGAGAAGGCUAUUGAUUAUUCGAAUAAAGGACAAAAGAGAAAGACGCUAAUAAAUUCGAUGCUCUGGGGGUUCAGUCAGAGUGCCCAAUUUUUCAUUAACAGUUUUGCCUACUGGUUUGGUUCCUUCCUAAUUAGAAGAGGUACAAUACAAGUGGAUGACUUUAUGAAAUCCCUCUUUACCUUUUUAUUUACGGGAAGCUACGCCGGGAAGUUGAUGUCCCUAAAGGGAGACUCAGAAAAUGCAAAGCUGUCCUUCGAAAGGUACUACCCACUGAUCACGAGGAAGUCCCUCAUCGACGUGAGAGAUAAUGGAGGCAUUAAAAUUAAGAACAGCAACGAUAUUAAGGGAAAAAUCGAAAUCAUGGAUGUCAAUUUUAGAUACUUGUCCAGACCAAACGUCCCCAUUUACAAAGAUUUGACCUUCUCCUGUGAGAGCAAGAAAACGACAGCUAUUGUUGGCGAAACGGGUAGUGGCAAAUCUACCGUGAUGAGCCUGCUGAUGCGAUUCUACGAUUUGAAAAAUGACCACCACAUUGUUUUUAAAAAUGAGCAAACUGGUGAGAGCAGUAAGGAGCAGAUGCAGCAGGGGGACGAGGAGCAAAACGUGGGAAUGAAAAAUGCAAACGAGUUUAGUUCCUCCAAGGAAGGGGCAGAUGGGCAAAGUAGUACCCUCUUUAAGAACAGUGGAAAGAUACUGCUCGACGGGGUAGACAUCUGCGAUUACAACUUAAAGGAUUUGAGAAACUUAUUUUCCAUUGUUAGCCAAGAACCCAUGCUCUUUAACAUGUCCAUUUAUGAAAAUAUCAAAUUUGGAAAAGAAAAUGCCACCAGAGAGGACGUCAAACGUGCUUGCAAAUUUGCCGCAAUUGAUGAGUUUAUAGAAUCCCUACCGAAUCAGUACGACACCAACGUGGGACCCUAUGGAAAAAGCUUAUCCGGUGGACAGAAACAAAGGAUUGCCAUUGCCAGGGCGUUGCUGAGAGAGCCAAAGAUUUUGUUGUUAGACGAAGCUACUUCAUCUCUCGACUCCAAUUCGGAGAAGCUCAUUGAGAAGACCAUCGUUGAUAUUAAGGACAAGGCGGACAAGACCAUCAUCACCAUUGCGCACAGAAUUGCGUCCAUUAAGAGGUCCGACAAAAUUGUCGUUUUUAACAACCCGGACCGAACCGGCUCCUUUGUACAGGCCCAGGGAACGCACGAGGAGCUCCUCUCGGUGCAGGACGGCGUAUAUAAGAAGUACGUCAAGCUGGCUAAGUAGACGCGCCAGGGGGAAGCGCACAUGUGUAUGCACGUGCACAGAUCAUAUGUAUAUACGUGCACAUGCACGUGUGCAUAUCUACAUUUACUUAUAUAUUUUUUUUCCCUUUUUUUUUUAUGUAUAUAUGCUUGUUUAACUGAAUUUUUUUUCAAAUUUGAGAAUUUGCCAAUAUACAACAAUUUUGUACACACUAAUUUUUGGACCACUGUGC